GGUUAUUGGUACCCACCAACGCGUGGAGAUUUUUUUUUUCAUGCGUAUAAAUACAAUAAAGUACACUAUACCAAAGCAUCAGUUGCGAAGUAACUUUUCAUCAAUUCACAUUCAGCCUAUUGCAGACAGCACAAUGUUCAAAAUCAUUACCCUGGUUGCCUGUUUGGCCGUCGCUGUUUCCGCCCAGUACUACGGGGAAGAUCACGGCCACCACAAGGAGGAACACUACGCUCAUCCCAAGUACAAGUUCGAAUACGGCGUCAAGGACCCGCAUACCGGGGACCACAAGACCCACUGGGAAGUGCGCGACGGCGAUGUCGUCAAGGGCCAGUACACCCUCCAGGAAGCCGACGGCAGCGAACGUAUCGUGGACUACAAGGCCGAUGAUCAUAACGGAUUUGAGGCUGUCGUGAAGAACGUUGGACACGGGUAUCAUUAGUAGGGCUUACAUGAGUCUGAUGUAUGUUUAAAGAUGUUGUGCGAAAGUAUGGCGCGCUCAAGAGUACCAAACCAAAUUUAUUGGAACAAUUGCUUUUGUAACGAAUGUGAUAUUGUAGUUGUUGUUUAAUGUAAAAAUGAUGAUUAAUGAAAAAAUUUCCCCGAA